GGACCGUUGGUUUCCGAUCCUAUGUAAACCCCGGCCAUCCGACAGGGACACGUGCCACUUCCUCCGCCUUGACCUGGUGUGGUUGUGAGCGGAGCCUCGGAUGCUCUGAGUCCUUGCAAGGGGGAUGCUGGGGGGUCUGGAUCAAGGAGACUAGCGGGAAUACUGCUUUUGCUUGCCAGUAUGUUUGUGCUAGUAGAAAUGACAGAUACUGUGCGAAUACCUCCGUGGCAAUUUGAAAGGAAACUUAAUGAUGCCAUCACAGAAGAAUUAAACAAGAAGCUAGCAAAUAAGGUUGUGUAUAACGUUGGCCUUUGUAUUUGUCUGUAUGACAUCACAAAGCUGGAAGAUUCUUACAUCUUUCCAGGAGAUGGUGCAUCACACACAAAAGUGCAUUUUCGAUAUGUUGUAUUUCACCCAUUUCUGGAUGAAAUUCUGGUUGGGGAGAUAAAAGGCUGCAGCCUGGAAGGAGUCCAUGUUUCUCUUGGGUUUUUUGAUGACAUCAUCAUUCCUCCAGAAUCCCUACAGCAACCUGCCAAGUUUGAUGAAGCUGAGCAAGUGUGGGUCUGGGAAUAUGAGACUGAAGAAGGAGCCCAUGACCUGUAUAUGGAUACAGGUGAGGAGAUCCGUUUCCGUGUGGUGGAUGAGACCUUCAUCGAUACAUCCCCAACAGGCCCAAGUUCUGCAGAGCCUUUUGCAUCUGGUGCUGCAGAAGAGGCCCUGAAGAAGGAGGCUCCCUAUACUCUUGUGGGAUCAAUCAGUGAACCUGGUCUGGGCCUCCUAUCCUGGUGGACAAACAGUUGACCAAUGAAAGAGAGCAUUCUGAACUACAGAACUUUGCAACCUGAAAAAGCCUACUUUAUCUUGUAUGGACAAUGGCAGUGAUAAAGAAAUUUUAUUUUCUCACUUCUGGCUAGAUCUGAAGAAUAUCUUUGUGGGAACAUCUAGGGUGGCAUCUGCACGAGAUAACCAUCUAUGAAGCCCUGACAGAAUACACUCAAGAGACAAUCUCUUUAAUGAGUGGAACCUUGUUAAAGUUCUUAUGAGAAUUUCAGCCAAUAAAAAUUUGCAGAUACAUGAAAUAAUUCUCAAAUGAGAGUUUUAGUGCUGCUUUCUGUUUCAUGCUCUAAUGAAGAUGGGGAGGAUGUUGUGGAAGUUAGCAUGUGUUUUGACUGCAUUUGUUCCAUUUUCUCCAUUUGGACAGAGAUUCUUCCAUAAGCCAAGAUUGUAUAGGAAAGCAAUGAGCUUUCCCUUCAAGACUGACAAGCCUUGGUACAGAAGGCUGGGAAAACCCAUGCCUGCCAUCAUGUUUAGCUGCGAUACUACACAGAUUUGGAUGGACUAUAUUGCCUUCUGUAGAUGAGUCCUCUUGAAAGCUAGAAGACUGAUGACUCAUCUAAAUGUAUCUGCUGGAACAAAAAUCCUAUGUUUGCUACUGGUUUUCUAUAUUAGAAGGUAAAUAUUCCUGCCUUCUGUCAGAAAGGUUUUUCCUUGGCCAUUGAGUAUAGGGGCAGAAGUUGUUAGCACAUGUUCAAAUUCUCUCUCGUAAAAAAACAAUCACUUCCAGUUGGAAAAGCAGUUACAUGGGAAUAAAGCCUCUGAAGAUUGGGCACCUGGCAAAGGGCCACCACACUGAUACAGAGCAAAUUCCAAUAUCUUGUGUGGUUUUGCUGAAUUACUUUCUGGAAGAGGGCAUCCUUGUGAGGGUUCCUCUAAAGCACCUUAGACUCGGUCCAGCUGUAAUCAUAAAAACUUGUUAAAUGGACUUUCCUUUCAUAUUUAUACUCUGUAGUGAUGGCUAGAGGGUUUUAGAAAUGGUUCUGUUGACUUCACUUCAAAGACUUUGAAACACAAACUGGAGAUCUUGAUUACAGGACUUCAAGGACAAUGGGAUAAGAUGCCCUGUGAAUAUCGUAUUUACUCAAAACGCCCCCGCAUAGAAGACACCUCCCAUGUUAUAAACCUGACAAAAAUAUUGUAGGAUGUAACUGUAACUUGUAUUCAAAUUUAAGAUGAACCUCUGUUUCAUGGCAUAUCUGGGGUGUGGGGGUGUGAAUCCAGUCAUGCAUUUGAGUGAAUACACACUAAAAUAUGUAUUGCUGCAGUUCCUGUUAGGGGUACUUUUUUUUUAGGUAGCACAGUCUUUUUUUAUAAUGUUUGUACAAAUGUGUAUGUCUGCUUUUGUGAACUUCAUAAACAUUUAACUGCUUUUAUUUAAUCUGUGAGUCUAAAGAUGGAUGUCAAAAUAAAGUACUAACUCCAGCCAAA